AGUCAAUGGCAACUGCGCGGUUGCAGUUGAGAGCUUUAGAAUGUUUUAGAAGGUUAUGACUACUGCAAUUUACAGCGAUUCGCCCCAGACGGUCGCCGGAACACCGAGCGCGUUGAUUAAUAGGAAUAAUGAAGUAAAUAGACAGUUCAUAGAAGGUACGCAAUUAACUCUACCAAAAUUAACGGACCGUGAUCCAAUUACCGGAAAGAAAUCUGGACGACGUUAUAAAAAUGUCAACCCGCCGGUACAUAGGAGAAGCGUCUUCACAACGACCGGAUAUUUCAGAUCCUCUUUCGUGGUUCAUCCAGAAUGGUUAUCCGAACAUUUUCAAAAGCCAAUAACGCCAAGAGUCUACGACCGUAUCGAUUCGAUUGAUUUGCGCUUGCCUAAAGUUUCAGCCGAGAAAAGGAGACUAUUUAAGGAUGUCGAAAGGAAAUUAGGGGAGAGAACAUUGUACGGGGAACAAUAUGUUAAUUAUCCGGUAUCGAACUACACAAGAAUUAUUCAACAUAAGAAUGCGCCGAAAAUACAGUAUUAA